AUGGAUAAACCACAAGUAUCAAUUCCGCCCGCUGCGGAUGUGCUAGGUGUAAGGGAGCUCUUGACAAUCGACUACAGAAAUAACACUGACGUGCGCUUGCAACUUUAUAGACGAUUGGUACCGUGUAUGCAUCACCUUCCUUCUCUGUCAAGACCAGUGACUAACACUGCGACUUCUUCAGCUGUUGGUGUGUUCAGAUCAUUCCACAGUGGCGUGCCAUUUGGUGUCUACGCAAUUGUCCAGAACUUUAGCUUUGCCCUUCAAUUCCAACCUCAGGCCUUCGCGGCACUCACACUCAUCUCUUGGGGGCAGACACUCUACUAUCACAACAAGUGGAAGGCGUGGACUGCGACCGUCGCUACCAUCCUGCUCGCUACAAGCUUCGGUGUUAUGGAGGUGAUCCUCAUCUUCGCUCUCCAAGGACCUUAUGAUCGCGGUGUUAAGUGGCCAAUGAUGCUCAUGGCGAUCUCAGCGACCCUCAUUCAAAUCGCCGGGCUGAUACCGCCGUACUUCGAGCUUGCAAAGCGCAACGGCCGCGUCAUUGGAAUUGACUUCUGGUUCUUGCUCAUCGACUACGCUGGAGCGUUGUUCUCUCUGAUGGCGCUUGUCGCACAGCAAUGGUUCGACUCUCUUGGUGGCAGCCUGUACAUCGCAUGCAUGCUGUUAGAGACCGGCAUUGUCGCAUCUCAAGUGAUCUGGCUGUGGCGCGUUCGACACAUCCGCAAGGAAGCCAAGAAAGCAGGUAAGACCUACGACGAAUAUGUUGCCGAGAACCCUUCGAAGAGGAUCCCUCGAUCCGGGUCGUCAGAGACUGUCGUCGAUGUCGAAGCCGGUUACAAGUCGAAAAGCCACGAUGAUACGAGAGAGAAUACCAACACCAAACCAACGGAGAAGUCGGAGUCACAUACCGCCGUCAAAGGUUCUGCGGCCGGACCGCCAGCCGAGCAGCGUGGCCUCAAGCAAAAGUGGUGCGCUUUGGUGUUAAGGCCUAUUCCGGACACCUAG